AUGGGAAAUUUGAAAUCUCUUGUUGAUUUGCGGAUUAGCGGUAAUCAACUCAAUGGUUCAAUCCCCACAUCCCUAUGUGAUCUAGUAGACCUUACCAUUCUCUAUCUAAGUAAUAAUAAUCUUUCUGGACCUAAAGAGAUAGGGAAUCUGAAUUCUCUCAUCGAUCUAGAAAUUACCAAUAAUCAACUCAAUGGUUCAAUCCCGACAUCACUAGGUGAUCUAACAAACCUUAUGGUUUUCUAUGCCAGCAACAAUAAUCUUUCUGGAACUAUUCCUGAAGAGAUAGGGAACCUGAAAUCUCUGACAGAACUAAAGUUGAAAGGGAAUCAAUUCAAUGGUUCAAUCCCAACAUCUCUAGGAGAUUUGACUGACCUCACCGUUCUUUAUCUCUUUAAUAAUACUCUUUCGGGAACUAUUCCUAAAGAGAUAUGGACCAUGAAAUCUCUUGUGCAGCUAGCUUUGAAUGAUAAUCAAUUGGAUGGUUCAAUCCCGACAUCAUUAGGUGAUCUAACAAACCUUACUCAUCUCUAUCUCUCUACUAAUAAUCUUUCUGGCACUAUUCCUAAAGAGAUAGGGAACCUGAAAUCUCUUUUGGAGCUAUCUUUGUCAGAGAAUCAAAUGGUUGGUUCGAUCCCGACAUCAAUCGGUGAUAUGAAAAAUCUUACCCUUCUCUAUAUCUCUAGCAAUUUUCUUUCUGGCACUAUUCCUGAUGAGAUAGGGUACUUGAAAUCACUUACUGAGCUAGAUUUGAGCAUUAAUAAACUCAAUGGUUCAGUUCCCACUUCAUUGGGUGAAUUAAAAAACUUAGAAGCCUUAUUUCUGCGUGACAAUAAACUUUCUGGGUUGAUCCCCCAAGAGAUAGGAAAUCUAAAGAAGUUGAAAGAACUGGAGCUGGGGUUUAACCAAUUUGUUGGUUCUUUGCCUCAAAACCUUUGCCAACGUAGAUGGCUUUCAAAGCUUCUAGUGAACAACAACAGUUUCAUUGGUCCAAUUCCCAAAAAAUUGAAAACUUGCAUGAGCUUAUUGUGA